GCUCCCCAUAUUCCUGUCAUGGUGGAUGAAGUCUUAUCAAUAAUCAACCCAAAACCAAACCAGACAUUUCUUGACAUGACAUUUGGAGCCGGUGGACAUUCUAGGGAAGUGUUGAGAAUAUCUCCUGAUACAAGAGUUAUUGCCCUUGAUAGAGAUCCAUUAGCUCAUUCAUAUGCCGUAGAAUUACAACAGUCUAGUGAGAGUACAGUACUACCACUAUUAGGAAAGUUUACAGAUAUCGAGAGACUAGCUAGUGAUGUAGGUAUACAACCUGGUACUGUUGAUAGUGUACUGUUUGAUGUAGGAACAUCAUCAAUGCAGUUUGACACAGCUGAACGAGGGUUUGCUCUCAGUAGAGAUGGUCCGUUAGAUAUGAGGAUGGAUGGCAGCAGACUACCAGACCAGCCGUCAGCGUGUGAAGUAGUUAAUCUAUUAUCAGAGAAUGAUCUAUAUCAUAUUAUAAAGAAAUAUGGUGAAGAGAAUAAAGCUAGAAAGAUAGCUAAUAUGAUAGUAGAAUCAAGAUAUGCUUACGGUAGAAUUGAAACAACACAACAGUUAGCUAAUAUUGUCAAGAGUGUGUUUGAUAUUGAGUACAAGAAAGACAAAAUGCAGAGACAUUCUCAUGUUGCAACGAAAACAUUUCAAGCCAUUCGAAUAUUCGUAAAUAAUGAACUUAAUGAACUUAGUAACGGACUAGAAAUGGUACAUCGCUUAUUGAAACCAGGUGGCGUUUGUGUAGUUCUAAGCUUUCAUUCACUGGAGGAUCGAAUCGCUAAACGACAUUUUCAUGGCAUCAACCUGGAAGACGAACCGAAUAUGUCUGUUCGUGAUCAUUAUCGGAAUUCUAAAAUAGCACAUUCAAUGGAUGCAGUAACACAAAUCAUGGAAAAAUGUUGGAAACCGUAUUCUAAGAAGGUGAUAACUCCGUCAGAUAGUCAUUGUAAAGAGAAUCCUAGAGCUCGAUCAGCGAAAUUACGUGCUGCUUAUAAACUAGAAGUAAAUAAAUAUAAUAUAUAGUUC